AUGCGGCUUCUCCACUUUGACGCGCUGGACAGACUGAUCUUGACAGACUUUCGCGGCAAGCCAAUCCCGCCCUACGCUAUCCUGUCGCAUCGAUGGAGCGACUCCGAGGCGCUCAUCGAAGACGUAUUGAACGGGAGCUACGAAGAGAAAGAAGAGGGCUACCAGAAGCUUAGGUUUUGUGCCGAGCAGGCGGCUCAGGACGGGCUGCAGUACUUCUGGCUCGACACAUGCUGCAUCGACAGAUGGGACAACAACGAGCGGUCGAAGGCGAUCAACUCGAUGUUCCAGUGGUACAGGAACGCGGCCCGAUGCUACGUCUUCCUGUCAGACGUGUCGCUGACAGCUGUGACGGAGACGCCUACAAGCCCGUGCAGCGACUGGGAGGCCGCGUUCUGUGCAAGCCCAUGGUUCACUCGAGGAUGGACGCUGCAAGAGCUGAUCGCGCCAGUGUCGGUCGAGUUUUUCUCACGCGAAGGACAGCGCAUAGGUGACAAAGCGUCGCUCGAUCGACGACUCCACGACAUCACCGGCAUCCCGCUUGCGGCACUGCGCAACAGUCCUCUAGACCAGUUCAGCACAUCGGAACGAAUGCGGUGGGCCGAGAAGCGCACAACAACCGAAGAAGAAGACAUCGUGUACUGCCUGCUUGGACUUCUUGGCAUCUCCAUGCCCGUCACGUAUGGCGAAGGACAGGAGAGUGCACGAAGGAGACUGCAGGCUGAGAUUAAGGCGACUGAUAGCGCACCAUCGAUCAUUCCCUUCUCUCGAAACGAGUCUUUUGUGGGUCGCGAAUCACAGCUUGCCAACCUUGAAGCAAGGCUCUUUAGCGAUGACCAGACUACUACCAUGCUAGCGAUAGUGGGGCUAGGUGGAACGGGCAAGUCGCAGCUCGCGCUAGAGGUUGCACACAGGACAAGACUGAAGAACAAGGACUGCUCGGUCUUCUGGAUGGACGCAAGCGACAUAGACAGCAUCUCCCGGUCAUAUGCAAGCGUUGCCCGGAAGCUUAGCGUACCUGGUUGUGACGAUGACCAGGCAGACACAAAGCAGGUGGUGAAACGCUGUGUGGCAGCAAUAAGUGCGCGACAGUGUUUGCUGAUCUACGACAACGUAAAAGGCACCGCUCUACUGCCUAGUGACUCGUAUACAAGAGAAGCUGCAGACUCAGCCGACUUUCUGCCACUUUCUGAGCUGUGUUCUAUCAUCUUCACAACAACAGAAAGCGACAUAGCUAAAGCUCUCAUUCCACAAAAUGUCAUAGCGCUGCACGAGCUGACGCCAGACACAGCGCUGAGAAUGCUGCAAAACCGCCUGACAGCGCCGCUUUCAAACACUGAGCAGCAAGGAGCCAUGCACUUGCUAAGGGAACUAUCGCGUCUGCCUUUAGCAGUGUCGCAAGCGGCAGCGUGCAUGAACGCAAGCAACAUAACACUGCAGCAGUACCAAGCACAGCUAGACGAGCAUAAAGGAGCAGCUCUUAAGUACAGCGAUGGCUCGUGCGAAGACAAGCAGCGGGAAUCUGGUCUGAGAAAGACCGUAGCUGCUACAUUAUCACUCUCUAUAGACCACGUCCAGCAGAGCAACGCGGUUGCUGCAGAAUUUCUUUAUUUCGUUGCAUGCGUAGAUCGAAAGGACAUCUCGCUAAAUCUUCUAGAGGCAGCUUCGCCGCGAACCCGCGAAGAUGCAAUUAAGGUACUCGACCAGUAUGCGCUUGUCACAAGGCGACCUGCUGAGUCAGCACUUGAUGUUCAUCAACUCGUCCAUGAUGCGCUACGAAAGAGGCUGCAGACGGAGGGGAGACUCCAAGAACAGACUCAACGCACAAUCAAACAGCUACUCCAGGUGUUUCCAAACGACGAUCACAGUAACAGAAGCAAAUGGAGGCGACUGCUUCCCCACGUACAGUAUGCACUGUCGCACAGUGAGGGUAAUGAUGACAAGGAGAGAUUAGAUCUUGCACAAAAAUGUGCUACGGCACUGUAUAGUGAUGGACAAUACAAGGGAGCUGAAGAGCUGUUUGUGCAAGUGAUGGAGACAAGGAAGAGAGUGCUUGGCGACGAGCAUCCUGACACGCUGACCAGCAUCGCCAACCUGGCGUCAACGUACUGGAACCAAGGGCGGUGGAAAGAGGCAGAAGAGCUAGAGGUGCAAGUGAUAGAGACAACGAAGAGAGUGCUUGGCGACGAGCAUCCUAACACGCUGACCAGCAUCGCCAAUCUGGCGUCAACAUACUGGAAUCAAGGGCGGUGGAAAGAGGCAGAAGAGCUGGAGGUGCAAGUGAUGGAGACGAGGAAGAGAGUGCUUGGCAACGAGCAUCCUGACACGCUGCUUAGUAUAGGCAACCUGGCGGCGACGUACAGGAAUCAAGGGCGGUGGAAAGAGGCAGAAGAGCUGUUUGUGCAAGUGAUGGAGACAAGGAAGAGAGUCCUUGGCGAUGAGCAUCCUGACACGCUGACCAGCAUCGCCAACCUGGCGUCGACGUACUGGAAUCAAGGGCGGUGGAAAGAGGCAGAAGAGCUGGAUGUGCAAGUGAUGGAGACAACGAAGAGAGUGCUUGGCAACGAGCAUCCUGACACGCUGCUUAGUAUAGGCAACCUGGCGGCGACGUACAGGAAUCAAGGGCGGUGGAAAGAGGCAGAAGAGCUGUUUGUGCAAGUGAUGGAGACAAGGAAGAGAGUCCUUGGCGAUGAGCAUCCUGACACGCUGACCAGCAUUGCCAACCUGGCGUCGACGUACUGGAAUCAAGGGCGGUGGAAAGAGGCAGAAGAGCUGGAUGUGCAAGUGAUGGAGACAACGAAGAGAGUGCUUGGCGACGAGCAUCCUGACACGCUGACCAGCAUGCAUAACCUUGCCUAUACACUGUGGUCGCUUUCUUGUCACAAGGAGGCUAUUGCCUUGAUGGAACCAUGCUUCCAGUCGCGUCAGCAAGUCCUCGGCGAACAACAUCCUGAUACACAAUCGUCGCUCGAGACACUAGAUAGCUGGCGAGCAGACUUAGGCCAAGGGCCUUUCUAG